AGAAACAACAAACUCCUCGUUAAGGUGUUUCUAUCAUUACACAGAUGAGGAUUUAUGAACACACGUGAUAUAAUCCGCUUGAACAACAGUUUCUCGCUAAAACGAAACUACGAAUCUGGAUUUCAGCGAGAUGGAGGACGCUCAGUCUUGUUCAACGUCAUCAAGAAGAGUAGAGGUCUUCUGCGGAAAGAUAGUCACGUAGACACUGGUCAUGAAGAGAAUGAAGUAUUAAAAUCUAUCAUUACAACACAAAAGGCAUCAUUAUGCCCCUUGUACAAGAUUUUGGACAAGGACAAUGGUACACUAGUAAUAAAGUACCUUUAUAGUCUGCUAGAAGACGAAAGUAAAAUACAAACAUUUGGAUUCAUCUCCCGUGGAGAUGUCGAUCUUGUCAUUAAGAAUCUGGCAAAGGAGUCAUUUGCACCAGAGUCAAUACCUAAAAAUGAAGAGUUCACACCAAGUGAAAGUACAGAGUCGAUGGAGAGUGUAGAAACGAAGGAACAUGCACGACUUAAGGGUCCACUAAUUUCAAGUGUAAAAAUAUUCAACUCAGACUCUGCCAAGUUUUCCAAUCAUGCAAUAGUACUCAGAGGAACCCUUGAAAGUGAAAGAAAGGAUCUAAUCAUGAAUAAAAAGAGGAUAAAGUGGUUUCUGAGAAACUGUGUCGAUGGAGGCAAACAGGAAUACACUUCAAUAUUGAACACCUUCAUGAAUGCAAGACCAACACACUCAUUCGAGAGCACACGGAAUAUUUCCGUUUUGCUUGUAAAUCCCAUUGUACUUGCACACGACAUUAUAAUUUCAAGACAUUUUUUAAUCCUGGACGAUACCUAGUCGCUAUUUCAAACCUUUACAAUGC